UUUAUUGAGACAUUUUUGUGGUGCUCUUUGAAAGCACUCAAAAAACUAACAUCUAAAUUAUCAGUUCCAAAAUUUGUUGACCCGCCUGAUUUGCUUGGACUUCCCAGCCCCCUCCACCAAGAUGGUCUGCCGCUUCAAUCCGUUCUAUGUGGGUCCCACGCCGCCAACCUGUUGCACCGCGGACACGAUAAGGACCUGCAAUUGUCCGCCCUGUUCGCCCGAAACUGGAUACCAGGAGCCGCGUUGUCAGUGCGACUCUUGCUGUCCGGGUAGAGCGGAUGAUGCGGCAAAGAAAUUAGAAAAAGCAGCAAAACCUGAAGCAAAGGCAGCAGCUGCAGCUGCAACUGCAACAGCUGUAAAGGGAUUCUCCAAGUGCACAGCCACAACGAAGACGAUGAUGUGCAAUCCGGCAUGCAUCGAAACUGUCAAGAAAUAGAAUCCUUUGAGCUGCAUUUGGGAGUGUCCAAGCAAUGGG